AAAGAAAUGAAGAAGAUUAAUGUUAUUUUGCUAACGACAAGAAAAUGAGAGGCCAAGAAGUAUUGAAUGUUAAAUCUUAUUGAAUCUUCUUUAUUAACCAUUAACGAAUUGGUGAUAAGUUAUCUUUUCCGUAAUCGGGCUUUUUUAUGAUAUUGAUUUGACGUAUCACGAAAAAAUAAGAAAUCUUUACGAGCAAUAUUUUUAUUUUGACACACAUCCGAUCACUCGACAUUACGCCAGUUUCUCGGAUAUUAGAAUAUUUUUUGCGAAAAAUAUGUACAGAUUUAACAUUUCGGCACCUGGUAAAGUGUCGUUAUACGGGGAUUUCAUAAAGGGAUCUAAUCUAACUUGCGUGGCAGCCAGCUUAAAUAUGCGUACUAGGCUCUCAUUCGCUUCGUUACCUCCAAGAGUCGUCCCGAAGGAAAGUAUCCAACUAAAUUUCUCCAGCAUUGAUUUACAGAUAAAGAUACCAUUAAAUUCACUCCUCUUAUACUUCUUUAACAAGAAUUUCAAUCGUCAACGUCCUCUAUUUGAGAUUUAUAAUCAAGUUAAAAAUUACGUCCAAAUGUUAAGUGGAUGCAGCGGCAAUUAUGAUCCAAGCAAUCUUCAACACCGAUUAAGCUUAGAAGCGUUUUUCUCUCUGCUCAUUGUCAUCGCCUACGAACAAAAUAUUAAUAUAACAUCCAGCUUUAUCGUAAAAGUAUUAACGGAACUGCCAUUUGGCUACGGUCUGGCCAGUUCGUCAUCGUUCGUCGUAUGUCUCACGGCGUGCUUUUGGCGUUGGUCAUUGCUGCAAAAAGGGAUUGUUCCCUACGAAUUUCCUCCCGAUGAUCUUUUAAGGAUCGCGAUUUAUGCCAGCUAUUGUGAUGAGAAGAUAUACAACAAUACCAUGUGCCCGAUAGACAUUUUCGUAACCAUAAAAGGUGGAAUAACGGUAUAUGAGAACAAUGCAAUGUUGAAGACGUAUCAACAUUUUCCGAACAUAAAGAUCUUGCUGGUCUAUUCAAUCGAUAAUGGGAACAUCGAUAAAAAUAGGGAAAUAAAUUUGGAGAAUCGUCCGGACUUGAAAUCUGUUCUGGAUAGCAUCAACAAUUUAUCUCGGACGUCUAUUGAUGUAUUUGAAAAGAUGAAGAAUGAUACGGUCAAUGUUAAUGUCGAAUUAGAUACCUUUCCAGAGAGUUACUACGCUGAAUUAGCGGAACUCACCCGUAUGAAUCAGGGAUUAUUAAAAGUAUUAAAUGUAUCGCAUAAAAAUGCAGACCUUAUUUGUGCACUCGCGCAGGAACAUUUUUUACAAGGGAAGAUGACGAAUAGUACAGAUGAUUACAUUUUAAUUUUGCUACCACCAGACAUCGCAAUGGAUUAUCUCGAUAAAUUCAUUAACGUACUCGAAAGUCGUGAUUUUGUUGCCGUGAAAACUACUUUGUGUGGAAAGUGGGCUGGAGUAGGAAUUGAAUAGUAUUGUAAGUGAAGGAAAGAAAAUUCGUGUUUUUUGCUAACGACUCUUAAUGAGGAAUUGAGUUUUACGAGAUUUUCUUUAUAAAUAGAAGAUUGACAACAAAUUAGACGAUUAUCUUUGGCAUUUUGGCUCACCCGUUAGUAUUAGUGGUAUUGUUCGUUUAGAUAAAAAAGAAUAACAAUUAUUAUCAAUAUUACAAACACAAUUCUUGUGCUGGUGUACAUCUGCGAGAACCAUUGUUUUUUGAUAUUAUACGAUUUAACUCUCGAUAUUACGAUUUUCCGGAUAUUAGAAGAUUUUUUUCGCAAAAGACAUACUUAAGUUCAACAUAUCUGCACCGAAGACGAUAUUCUUAAGUGAAGAACACAUUGUGGGAGACAAUAAAACUUGCGUAGCGACCAGCAUAGAUAGGCGUAUAACGCUGCAAUUCGUCGAAUUUGAGAAUUCAGAGCAUCCUUCCGACUAAUUUUAUAUUACUAAUUUUCGAUGAUGUCAAAUUAUACAUGAACAUACCUUUAGAAA